AUGUCUUCUGCUCAAGAUCCAUUUUACAUUGUGAAGGAAGAAAUCCAAGAGUCUAUUGAUACGUUACAAGCUACUUUCCAUCAAUGGGAACACACCCCUGUAGCCAGUGGGGCCCAAACCCGACUCACAAAAGAACUCCUUUCCAAUUGUGAGAGUAUUGAAUGGCAGGUGGAUGAAUUGGAGAAAGCUAUUUCUGUAGCAGCUAGAGACCCUGCUAAAUAUGGAAUCGAUCAACCCGAACUUGAAAGACGAUUUAAAUGGACAAGAACUGCUCGGACUCAAGUGGUGAGUGUUAAGAAAUCAGUGAUGGGAACAGACUUGAAUGGCAGUAGCUCUUCCACAUUUAGUGGGAUGCGUCAAGAACUAAUGAGCCUCCCAAGUCCACGUCAGCAAGACAGAGCUAGCCAUUAUAUUGCUAAAGAUCAUGAUGAUUUCAUUUCUUCAGAAUCCGAUAGACAAAUGCUUUUAGUCAGGCAACAAGAUGAAGAGCUGGAUGAGUUAAGUGAAAGCGUCCAAAGAAUUGGAUCUGUUGGGCUUACUAUACACGAUGAACUCCAUGCACAGGAGAAACUUCUAGAAGAAUUGGGUUCCGAGAUGGAUAGUACAUCCAAUCGUCUUGAUUUUGUCCAGAAAAAAGUGGCGGUAGUGAUGAAGAAGGCUAGUGCGAAGGGACAAAUGAUGAUGAUCUUGUUCUUGAUAGUUCUGUUUAUCGUUUUGUUUGUGUUGGUUUUUUUCACCUAGAGAUUCCUACAAGUCAUUUGCCUAGCUAUGAUUCUAUUUUUUUAUUAUAGAAAAAUUUCAGUUUUGACUUUUGACAAUAAACACCAACACACUGUAAACUUGAGCAAAUUUUGAGACAUUAUUCUAACAGUCGUUUUUAGGUACUUAAUAGUCUGUUUAUAUAUGAAAGAAGUACAAAAAAAUACAUGAUUAAAACGAAGCUUUGCAUAUCAAGUAAGACUAAGACAGAAGGGGAAGAAUUACUGUUCAGGCGUUACCAACAAGAACAUCCUUGUAUGGAGUUGUAGGA